CGCGUCAAUCUCCGAUGCGUGAAUCGGUACGGCGACAGUCCCCUUUCCGUGAAUCCGCCUCCGAAUCAGACUCUGGCUAUACUAUCCCGAUGAAGAAGAAAAUCGUUACUGAAAGCCGGAAAAAUUCGAGACCAGAGGGCGUCGUUAAAAAUGGGCUUUUUGUUUCUUCUUCUGAUCAAAAAGUCGAAAGUUCGAAGAAAUCGUCUACAGUGUCAGACAUCAAUGGGGUUAGAGGAAAAGAAGUCAGAUCAUCGAGGAUCUAUAUACGUUUCAAAAAGACCAAGCCCGAUGAAGCCGUAGAAGAUGGGGGUAAAGUUAUUGAGGUUGUUCAAGAUGAGGAGAAGAUUGAUGAGGUUAGAGACGAGGGAAAAACAAUUGGGGCUGAAGGAGAAGUGGAAGAACCGAUGCCCAAGACAUGGAAUUUAAGGCCAAGAAAGCCUAUAUGCAAGCCGCUGAACAUCAAUGGAGGAACAUCAAAAUUUGGUGGAUCUUCGGUGCAAGAGAAUAAAGCCCAAUUGCAUCAGGUGAACUCAGAUCGGUUGGAAUCAGAAGGGAAUGGUUCAGAAAAAAAGGAGAAGAAGCAGAAGUUCUCUAUUUCUCUUUCACGGGAAGAGAUUGAAGAGGAUAUCUUUAUUCUGACUGGAUCGAAGCCAGCAAGGAGGCCGAAGAAGAGAGCAAGGAAUGCCCAGAAAGCAGUAGAUAAUGUACUCCCUGGUAUGUGGUUGGCGUCAGUGACCCCGGAUUCAUACAAAGUCGAAAAUCCUUCGAAGGGUUAAAUAAGUCUGUGACGGCUAUCCUUCAAGUGUUUUGUGGAAGUUUCAAGGUCAAUAACUUCCAAAUUUUGUGAUUCCAUUUGAAGGUAUUAGUAGCUAUAUUUCUGUAAAGAUGACAGAGAAAUUAAGUAUUACUUUUUGCUCUCCUUCUAUCUAUUUUGGGAUGGAGCUUCACUUAGUUGGAUGAAGAGGUUUUUGUUUCUCUGUGUUAACAUUUUAAAUAGUUUGCGAUGUACAUAAGAAUUAUCUUUCGAUUUAUUAGAGGUUCAUUUGCAAUAUCUUUAAUGUGUUACUUGUUAGUUCCUAGUUCCUAUGUGUUGUGUCUUGUUUGCCAAAUGCUCUGAAGAUGCAGUGCAAGAACUUUGUUGUGUGAACCCCAAGUAGCUGGGAUACCAU